UGGUUUAUGCCAUCUACCAUGGUGGGCGGAAGUUCCUGGGAGGUAGAGUUAAUGUGAUAGGCUGCUAACCAAAAGAUUGCUGGUUCGAGUCCAUCCAGAGGCACCCUGGGAGAAAGGCCUGGUGACCUACUUCUGAAAAAUCAGCCACUAAAACCUCUGAGGGGCACAGUUCUACUCUGACACACAUGGGGUUGCCCUGAGUCCAGACUGACUCAAUGGCAACCGAUACCAUGGUGGGGUGGUUUCCCUUUUAAGAGGUGGAGGAGCAAGGCACUUUCUUCUGGGAGGGCUUUCUCUUCCUGAGGCAGGAGGAGGCUGAUGUUCCAGGGCUAUGAAAGGAGCUAAGCAGCUGGUGAGUGGAGAGCUUGGAUUAGCACAUUGGAUGGAGAGAUGGGAGUGCUACCACGUGCCCCCUGCCCCGCCCCUGGCACAGCACACACACCCUCUGAAAGCUCUGGCUGUAGAGAAGGACAGUGACGUCAAAGGAUUAGGAAAAGCCUGCUUGGCGUCUUCUGGGGCUCUCCCCGAUGGAGAUUAGCGGGCGGUGGCUCUGUCAGGGGAUAAGCAUUUCAGUGUCGCCUUGGUUGAAAGCUUGCUUCUGAGAAGGAAUAGCAGACCUGUCUCCCUCACCCCUCCUCCAGCUCCUUCGUCUGGAUGCGUCUCUGUGAGUCCACACCUGUUACUCCUUCUAGUAAUUCUGGCUCUUUGGAAGAUGCUGGGAUCGUUAGAGAAAAGGCUGGUACCAGCAGCAAACCCAAUUUUACAUGUGGAAGCAGAGAGGAAAUCAUUUAUUGGAAGCAAAAGUGGUUGUAAACCACUUUCCUAAGUCACAGGAGGCAAGUAGGCAACAAACCCUACCUGGUGACAGGUAGUUCUCUGCCGUGACUGGGCACCAGAGCGAGGGGUGUGGUUCCUAGGGCUCAUGUGCUCAGGUAUGUGUUUAUUCACUUAACCGCCAUUUAUUAGUUGAUUUAUUGGCUCAUUCACUGAGAACCAGCAAACCAGCCCCUCAAGGAGCGCUCAUUAGGCUUCCCAGGGUGUCAUGCCCUGUGCCCUGGCCAGGACUGGGGAUGAGAAUGCUGUUCUGCACGCUGUGGGGUGGGACUACUGCCCCGGGGGAGGCUGGUACUGACACAGACCGAGCCCGGCUACCACAUGUCUUUGCAGGCAUGAGCCCAGCCUCUGUUACUCUGGCCAGUGCUGUGCAGGUCAGGGGAGAAGCUCUGUCCGAGGGAGAACUCUGGUCCCUCUUGUUCCUGGCUGUGGAGCGGCUCUUGGAAGAUCUUCAUGACGAGUCUUCAGACUACGUGGUCUGCCCCUGGUCGGCCCUGCUCUCUGUGACUGGGAAUCUUUCUUUCCAAGACCAUGUUUCUCACGUAGAGGCUGCUCCUUUCAAGGCCCCUGAGCUGCUGCAGGGACAGAGCAAUGACGAACUGCCUGAUGUGUCUCAGAUGCACGUCUAUUCUUUAGGAAUGACCCUCUACUGGUCUGCAGGGUUUCAUGUUCCACCAAACCAGCCUCUGCAGCUCUGUGAGCCCCUGCACUCCAUUCUGCUAACCAUGUGUGAAGACCAGCCCUACAGGCGGCUAUCACUGCAGUCCGUUUUGGAAGCUUGUCAAGUUCAUCAGCAGGAAGUGGCUAUAUACCCAGCCCCUGCUGCUCUCCAUAUAAGACGACUGGUUGGCUUGGUCCUGGGCACCAUCACUGAGGUGGAGAGGAGAGUUGUGGAAGAGAACACCCCCUUACAGCAGGGCAGAAGCUACCUGCUUAGGAAGAGGCUGCAGCAGGCCAGCACACCACGGUCUUUGCAUCCCAGCAGAGUUUCAGAGAGAAGCACAGAGAUCCAGAGCUCCCUGGAGCCCUGUUCCAGCGCCUCAGCGCACAGUGGCUGCAGCCUCUUUGUUAACAGCGCUCUUCCUGCUGAAGUACCCCAGGACCUUCAGGAGGGCCAUCGGUUCAGCUCAGGAUCUGCUUUCUCUGUGGCGUCAGAAAACUCACGGCCAGCUGCUCCUUCGCAAAGGGGUUUCCUGCAAAGAAAAGAAAAGUUCUCUAGGCCCGAAUUCGUCCGUCUUGCUGGAGAGGCCCCGGCAACCUUGCAUCUGCCUGGAUCGAUUGCGGCCAAGAAAGGGAAAUGCUAUUUGGCUCUCAGGGACCUCCGUGUGGUCCUGCUGAGUGGGCAGUGUUUGGAGGUGAAGUGUGACACUGAGUCAACAGUGGGUGCCAUCUUUAAUGCCAUCACGUCCUUUGAGGACCUUGGGGAAGUCACCUACUUUGGCUUGGCUUACCUGAAAGGCAAAGAGUUCUUUUUCCUGGACAAUGAAACCAGAUUGUGCAAAGUAGCCCCUGAAGGAUGGAGCACGCGCCCCCAAAGGAAAACCCCCGCAAGUGUCUUCACGCUUUUUCUGAGGAUCAAGUUCUUCGUUAGCUGCGUUGGGCUGCUCCAGCAGAGCCAGACAAGGCAUCAGUUUUACCUGCAGCUCCGGAGAGACAUCCUAGAGGAGAAGCUGUACUGUAACGAUGAGACGCUCCUGCAGCUAGGGGUCCUGGCCUUGCAGGCUGAGUUUGGCCGUUGCCCUCGGGAGCAGGUCAAGGAGGGUAAAGCUUAUUUUCAAGUUGAAGAUUACAUCCCAGCAAGUCUGAUUAGGAGGAUGACGGCCUCCCGGGUGCAACUGAAAAUCUCAGAAAUGCAUUGUCUCAUCCCUGCACUCUGGGGAGAAGACGCGGAGCUGGAGUUCCUGAGGGUCACUCAGCAGCUCCCGGAAUAUGGCGUGCUGGUUCACCAAGUUUUCCCAGAGAAGUCACAGCCAGAAACAGAGAUGGCCUUGGGGAUCUGUGCCAAGGGUGUCAUAGUAUAUGAAGUGAAAAACAACGUCAGAAUUGCAACUUUGCGAUUUGGGUGGAGAGAAACUGGGAAGAUUUCUGCCUGUCGAAAAAAGUUCACCAUCACAAGCAGCAUCACUGGGAAAAAAUUCAGGGUUGUCACCGAUUCAGCCAAGACCUGCCGAUAUCUCCUGGGCCUCUGCUCUGCCCAGCAUGGGUUUGACGCACAGAUGAGCUCCAGGCCGUGCCCCCGAGUCUUAACUGACCAUGAAACGCCUGUGCAAAGGGCCAGCUUGAACCCUGCACGGCAGGCCCAGGUCAGGCCAUGCUCAGAAGAUGCACUGUUUGAGCCCAGGCUAGAUGAAGCCCCUAGAAGCCUGCAGAGCACAUCCUUGGAUGGCCUCAACGUGGAAAACAGCAAGGAGGCUGGCAAGGAAGGAACCAGAGGCAGCCCCUCCACUGGCCCGGAACAGCUAGAGAGCGCCUGUAUGACCCUGAAGCCAAGGAGUUCUGACCCUGUCUGUGCACUGCCUGUUCAGAACGGGUCUCAAAAUAACAGGAUAAAGACUUUUGCAACUAAGCCGGAUUGUGAAAUUGUGUGUGUGACGCUGAGACGUGACCCACGUCAUGGUUUUGGUUUUGUCAUUAAUGGAGGACAGGGUGUAGGCAAAACUGACCCUGGCAUCUUUAUAUCUUCCAUUUUACCUGGGGGACCAGCAGAAAAAACUAACAAGAUCAAAACAGGGGGGCAGAUACUUGCCUUGAAUCACAUCAGCCUGCAGGGCUUCACCUUCAGCAUGGCUGCUAGAAUGAUUCAGAACGCUGACAACAUAGAACUAAUCAUUUCUCAGUCAGAAGGUGUUUGUGAAUAUGCCCCAAGGGAGGAAAAGAAUGGCACAGCCAAUCCUGAGGUCUUCACUGCAGACAGCCUGAGCCAUGGGCACCAGGAAAGUUUUCCAUCGCACGCACAAGACCAGAACAAAAAGAUUGAAAAACAGGAAAUGGCUCAGGCUCCGAGCUUAGUGGCCAGGCUAAGGCCUCAGCUUUCACCUCUGCCACUAGAGAGUAUCGAUUCCUCUAGUCCUUCGUCACCCUCAGAAACCAAAGCCAGUGAAAUCUACUUCGUGGAACUGGUUAAAGAAGAUGGGACACUUGGAUUCAGCGUGACUGGUGGCAUUAACACAAGUGUGCUCCUUGGAGGAAUCUACGUGAAAUCUAUCAUUCCUGGGGGGCCAGCUGCCAAAGAAGGGCAGAUCCUGCAGGGUGACCGGCUCUUGCAGGUGGAUGGAGUAAGUCUGUGUGGCCUCACCCACGAGCAGGCUGUGCAGUGCCUCAAAGGCUCUGGGCAGGUUGCAAGACUGGUCCUAGAGAGAAGAGGCCCCAACACUGUACAGCAGUGUCCUUCUGCCAAUACCAGCAUGGGAGAAGGACGAGCGGCUGUUUCCUUGGUAACAACCUUGCCUGGCAGGCCCAUGAGCUGUGUCUCAGUGACAGAUGGUCGCAAGUUCGAAGUCAAACUGAAAAAGAAUUCCAGUGGUUUGGGAUUCAGUUUUGUGCAGAUGGAAAGAGAGAGUUGCGGUCACCUCAAAAAUGAUCUUGUGAGAAUUAGGAGGCUCUUCCCCGGGCAGCCAGCUGAGAAGAAUGGGGCCAUUGCAGCUGGGGACAUCAUCCUGGCCGUGAAUGGAAAGCCCACGGAGGGCCUCGUCUUCCAGGAGGUGCUCCAUUUACUGCGGGGGGCCCCUCAAGAAGUCACGCUUCUCCUCUGCCGGCCCCCACCAGGUGCACUGCCUGAGAUUGAGGACGGGUGGCAGACGCCCGCACUUUCAGCAGUCGAGGAAUUUACCAAGUCAACAGGCACUGACUUGGAGCUGAGCCCCAGCCUAGAUCAGGAGGGCAGCCCGAGAGACGGUGCCUCCCCAGACACAGGGGAAGGCCUGGAUCUCAGGCCAGAGUCCUUCCAAAAGGUGCUCUGGGACCAAGACACCCACCUAGAGAGACCUUGGGCCUCUUGCUCGACCCAUCCUUGUCCUCAAGAUGCCCACAUUCUUUUAUACAGACUUAAGCAGGAAAUGGAUGCAUCGCCUUCAGCCACCUCCUUGGAGAAGGAGGUGAGGCAAAACUGCUAUUCAGUUUGUGAUAUCAGGAGAUUUGAAAGGUAAGAACCACCACGUUAACAGACAUUUUAUGAAUUCCAUGCCUUUCAUUGUUAGAAAUUAUAAUCGAGCAAUCAGUAACUGUGCUCGGAUGCCUAUUUCACGAAGCAGCAUUCCAGGCAUUUGGAGGAGAGGUGAACCCAUGGAAGAAGCAUAAGGCCAGGAGCUGCUGCAGCUAGAACUUGGGAUCUCUAAGGGAAGCAAACCCCACACAGACCACAGGUGCCCUCAAUAUGCCUCAGAGGCAACAGGUAGCAGGUUUUUUUUUUUUAAUCAACAUACAGCCCUUUGUCCUGCACCCCUCCAGGCCUUUUAAAACAAUGUGGUAAGUAAAAGUUUCUGUAUAUGCCUCUUCAUUUUUAUUAUUAAUAUGAUGCUUUAUAAUCAACACCUGCU